AUGACAGCUCUCGCUCCAACUACACCCCCAACACCAAACAAGGCACAAUCAUCUUCCGAAUCUUUCAAGAUAACUAUGGAGCAUUUUAAACGAAAAAAUAUCGAAGAAGUGAUCAAGGCUGUACAGGAUGGUUAUCGUGAUGAUGUCGAGCUGAAUCUGCCGCCCGCUCGUCAAUCGAAAAGCGAGGAAAAUAUUCAUAAAUCUGGCUCGAUGAUCUGUAACUCGACACUGAUGUCGAAAAAAUAUGAGGUGGUUGAGCAACAGCUUCAGCAAGAACAAGCACAAGUAAUAAACCCAGAAGAUUUGAAGAAGUUGUCGAUGGAGCAGAUUCGUGCUAAAGUCACUGAUGCCGGAUCGAUUGGUGAGGAUGCAGAUUUUGGAAAAGCUUCUCGAAGUGGCAGUGAGUGUCAGAUGAAAGAGCUCAACAAACUUGUCAUGAUGUUGCCAGUGGCACAGAGCUACAUGGAAGCUGAAAAGAAGUUGGAUGAAAAGGAUAAGAGCAAGAAAAGUGAUGGAAAAGAAGAAAAGAAGAUUGCAACAAAGAGUCCAACUUCAGCUAACAUCCCCCGUUUAAGUGAUCGAGCAAAGAAGCCACCGAGUCUC